AUGGCUGACAAGGAGAAUCCACAACUCUCACAGGAUGACCUCCUGGCUCAAAUCGCAGAGCUUCAGGCGGAGGUACGAAGAAUAGCCGAGCUCUCAACACAAAACAAUGGAGAGAACUCGAAAGGCUCGGCUCAAAGUGCGGCGGACCCUUUAAACAUCGUCCCGCCAAAAGAGAAGCUCACCCUCGACAACCCUUUCUCCGAAGAGAUCACAAAUUACCAGAUGCCGAAGAACUUCACACUGCCCACCGCGCUAGAGCCCUACAAGGGGUUCGGCGACCCUCGAGCCCAUGUGAAGAAGUUCCAAUCGAUGAUGUUCUUCAACGGCCCUAACAAUGAGCCUGUCUUAUGCCGAGCAUUCCCUACCUACUUAGAUGGUGCAGCGUUACUUUGGUUUUCUAAACUUUCUGCAGGUUCGAUUUCUUCCUUCGAAGAUCUCGCCAGAUCAUUCAUUGACUAUUUUGCUGCAUCAAGAAUCUACGUACAUGGAUCGGAUUACCUCGGCACCAUCAAACAAGGUCAGCACGAGAGCCUGAAAGACUACAUGACCAGAUUCGCAGACGCCACUAUGGAGAUCCAAGACUUGGACCCGGCCGUUCACCUGCACGCCCUUAAGGCCGGCCUUAGGCCUGGCAAAUUUCGAGAGACCAUUGCCAUAACAAAGCCGAAGACCCUAGAAGAAUUCCGAGAAAGGGCGGCAGGUCAAAUGGAGAUCGAAGAACUCCGAGAAGCCCAAAAAUCAGACAAACAACCACAUCGGAGAGACGAAGAAAGAACUUUCAGAUCGCCAGGCAACAAAGACACUAAGAAACCUUCUAAGCCCGAGUCAAAAUACAACACAUACACCAGAUUCAAUACCAGAAGAGAAAACAUCAUCAGAGAGAUCCUCAACGCCAAAAUCAUAAAACCACCAGCCCGAGCAGGGAACUAUCAGGAUCAAAGGUUCGUGGACAAGACAAAGCACUGCGCCUUCCACCGGAAGUUCGGUCAUACUACGGAUGACUGCAUUAUGGCGAAGGACCUCCUAGAAAGACUAGCACGCCAAGGGCUCCUAGACAAAUAUAUCGAGACCCAGAAGGGCAGAGGAGGAAACUCGAACAGGGUAGAACAUAAGCAAGCAAUGGCAGAUGACAAAAAAGAGGGAACGACUCCUGAUCCGCCAAGAGGAGUCAUCAACCACAUAUCAGGUGGACUCGCAGGCGGAGGAGAAACAAGCUCGGCCAGGAAGCGAAGCUAUAGAGCAAUGCUAGCAAUCGAAGGAACCAUACAACCAAAGAAGGACAAAGAACCAGACGUCACAAUAUCAUUCAACCAAUCAGACCUCAAGUCGGCAAGCCCUAACCUCGACGAUCCCGUGGUAAUUUCAAUCCAAGCCGGGGAAUUGUUGGUAAGAAAAACAUUGCUAGAUCCAGGUAGUAGCGCUGAUGUUUUAUUUUACUCUACUUUUACAAAAAUGAAACUAUCAUAA